UAUGAUUAUGGUCUGGGCACUGCUCCUGUGUUUCUUGUAGCGAGGUUGAGGCAGCUUGGGUGGUUGGGAGGUCUACGGCGGGGAGGGGGUGACUUCCCGCUCUACUAACGCUCGCCAGUGUGGCUCCUGACAACGGGGGAACUGUGUUCGAAUUUCGUGUGCGGUCAAAUCCACGUGCCGGUAGUGGAUAAAGCUUCCCAUCCGACACCAUUAAGCAAUAUGGAAAGCCAAGUAGCCAGUGUCGUUGACGCUGAACAGGACAAAGACGCCAGUAGGCAGCGUGUGGGAAGGAGAGGAAAGAAGGUGUUGGGGUUUCUUGUUGAAGGAGAGGGGCAAAUAUGUGGUCAGCAGUAUGAGGUGAAUGGUGCGGAUUCUGGCAGUGCUGUCCUGCCUACCUGUCACGCAGGCGAUAGUGUUAUCCACCAAACAACCGAAAAAGUGGCCGUGUCGCCACUUUCUGAUUCUAAAACACAGUCCGUUUACUCACGAAAAGAGGCUGAACCCGAGUCAUUACACGAGCAGCCUAAAGGUGUCACCGAGUCUGCUUUGCUGAGCAAAACAAGCAAGUGUCUUUCUGUGGGUAGUGAUGGCGACACCUCUGUCCACCAGUUUUUCCUUCCCUCUGACGAUGAGGUAGACAAUACAGCACAAGAGAAUGGGGAGUUGAAUGAACGCACCGAGGAGUCGGCGCCACCACUUGGUCUCGACUAUGGAAUGUUCCAUGAACCUCGUCUUACGAAAAUAGCGACGGCACCAGCCAAGGCAGGUGUUAAGUUCUGUGGGCCGAAGCAUGUGUUUACUGUCGUGCCAGUUGGCAGCGAAGAAUUACGGACUGGUAAUAAAGAACCACAGACCAUCUCUGCACCCACAGACGAUGUAGGAGAGACAGAUACUACACAAAUGCCCUCAGUUAAAAGUCAGAUGUUCCCGACAUGCUUCCAUUAUUCUCCUUACAACACUGUGAAGGGCUCACCUGUGGGCCGUCGAGUGGCCUACAGUCCCUAUCAUACAGUCACACGGGGAGGGCAGCUCCCAGCCGCAUACAACCAUUACCACACCGUCACAGGCCUCGAGCCCAUCUCCUACCAGCGAUCAGAUCACGGACUGCGGCGAAUCAACUCCAAACGGGAGUACGGGGUGGGAGGAUCAUCCGCGCUGCCCGCGCUGUUCAACGUGGUGGGGAGCACCGCUUCGCCGUUCUCAUCCAAAGUGUCUUUAGGAGCUGUUGGGACACCUCCCAUUCCCUCGGGGUUGCACCGCGCGCGUACGUUGCCUUGUCCGGCCACGGGAAUUCUUCGUGUGUUCCCAGAGGAGGGCGCCCAGCCCUCCCCUGAAGGAUCGGAGUGUCGCCUCCCGCCUGAACACGGCACAUUGCAGUCAAUCAACCAGAUGACAGUGCGCUCCGCAGGUGGCCUCAGCAUCGACGUGGGCAGCACCGACGGUCGUAAUGUUAAGAUACACGGUGCGGUGGAAUGCCCGGAGCAGUUGCCACUCCUGCCCUCCGUCCUUGGAAGCGGAAAGAACGAGGGAGCCAUGAAGGAGGAGGAGUCCCGCCAGACGUGGGAGAACAAGGCACAGUUCAUACUCGCCUGCAUCGGCAAUGCUGUGGGACUGGGAAACAUGUGGCGCUUCCCUUACCUCUGCUACAAGAGCGGCGGAGGUGCCUUCCUCCUGCCUUACUUCCUGAUGCUGUUCCUGUGCGGCAUCCCCCUGCUGCUGAUGGAAGUGACGGUGGGCCAGUACACGCGGCGGGGCCCCAUUGCUGCCAUGGGGAAGAUAUGCCCGCUGUUCAAAGGUGCAGGCGUUGGGACGGUGGUCAUAUCCUUUCUGCUGAGCACGUACUACAAUGUCAUCAUGGCUUGGGUCAUCUACUACCUGGCCCACUCCUUCUACUCUGAGCUGCCAUGGACCAGCUGCAACGCCACCUGGGCCGUGAACUGUUUCGACGACUUCGGCCCAAAUGUUACUGCUCCCGCGGGAAUGAAAUCAGUCACCGAAGAAUUCUUUGAUCAGGUUGUCCUGGAAAAGACCGGAGGUAUCCAUGAGCCAGGGGAGCUGCGUCUGGAACUGCUCCUGGCAUUGUUCGUGGCCUGGGUUGCCAUUUACUUUGCUCUGUGGAAAUCAAUCAGAUCUUCCGGACGUGUAGUGUAUGUGACAGCCACUCUUCCCUACCUGCUGAUUGGUGCCUUUGUCUGGCGCGCCCUCACAUUGCCUGGCGCCUCGCGUGGGCUGCAGUAUUUCUUUAGUCCUAGAUGGGAGCUUCUAGCAAAUGCAGAGGUGUGGAUCAAUGCAGCUGCUCAAAACUUUAAUAGUAUUGGCAUAGCGUUUGGAUCAAUGAUUGCCUUUUCUUCGUAUAACAAAUUCAACAACAACAUCGUGGUAGACACUUGGGCCAUCACACUCACCAAUUCCCUCACCUCCCUGCUGGCCGGCACUAUCGUCUUCUCCACUAUGGGCAACAUUGCACUCGAGCAGGGCAAGGACAUUGACGACGUGGUGGCAGAAGGUCCCGGCCUAGUGUUUGUGGUGUACCCUCAGGCCCUGGCCAAAAUGCCGUACGCCAAUGUGUGGGCGGUGCUCUUCUUCAGCCUGUUGCUUGUCCUCGGGGUGGACUCGCAAUUCGCCACGGUGGAGGUUAUUGUCACAUCCCUAACAGAUGCAUUCCCGAACUGGAUCAAGAAGUAUCUGCGGCGACAUGAGUUUUUGGUGCUGGUUGUCUGUACUGUGUCAUUUCUGCUGGGCAUCCCAAACAUUAUGCAGGGAGGCAUCUAUUUCUUCAACCUAAUCGACUACUACACGGCAGCCAUCUCCCUCAUGUACCUGGCCUUCUUUGAGGUGGUGGCCAUUGUGUGGAUAUAUGGAGCCAACCGCCUGGCACGCAAUGUCCAGGAGAUGACUGGCCGCAUGCCAUCCCUCUAUUUCCGCUUCUGUUGGUACCUGGCUGCUCCAAUAUUAAUUCUAACAAUAUGGAUAUUUUCAAUGGUGGAUUAUCAGCGCCCAUCAUACAACAAUGGGGAGUAUGCAUAUCCAGACUGGGCCAUUGGUAUAGGAUGGCUCUUUGCCUCAUGCUCCAUUGCUCCUAUUCCAAUAUUUGCAGUAAUAGCAGUUAUCAAUGCCAAAGGAACAACUUUAUGGGAGAAAGUGAAGAACUCAAUCAGAUCUCCAAUAGAAGACUGCCCAUGUUGUGGUGAUGCCCUCAAUUGUCUGGAGGAGAAACACCACCACAGCAGCUUUAAGGAAAAAGUCAAGCUUGUGGUGUACACUCCUGAUACAAAUAACGACACAAUCAGUGAAGGUAAAACUGAUCAAAUGAAAGAAGCAGAAAUUAAUGGAGAAAAUGUUGUAUGAUUUUAUUUGUAUUGUAAGAAAAAAUUGUUGUAUUUGUCAUAGUUUUGUAGGAAAUGCAAGUAUGAAUAUGUAUAUAACUAUAUAUAUUGUUUUUAUCUUGAAAAUGGGCUAUAAAAUAGUACAUUAAAGUUGUUAGUCUUUUACAUCAUAUCUGUUAGUUUUUAUAUUUUCAUAUUAUAAUUUUAUGAAAUGACAGAUGGGUCAAGUCCAUUUCAGAUUUCUUGUGCCUUUACUUGUAUGCAGUAAUGAAAGCCAAACCUCCUUUCCCAAUAAAACUUUCCUUUAGUAAA